AUGUCGCGCGCUCUCGGUUUCAGUGGGAGCCCGUCUCCUACCUCCUUGGCAGAAGCGUGCAAACUAGCAUGGCACACCUUCUAUGGUAUGCAAAAAGCGUCUGAAGACUUUGAAAACCUUCGCUUCGAAGUCUGGACCAUUGCCAUCAGCCUCGACUCGUUACACAGCGUCGGGAGCACCUCGCUCCUCAUAGAUCGACAACCAGACCACAAACGAUGGGCCCUGACAUUUUCCAAAAUUUUGACUUCGCUGAACGCCGCCCUGCGGCCGUUAUACAACCUGGUCAAGCUGUACCUGUCCACCUCGACCAGAGAUCGCACCGCCGUCAAGCAAUGGCUCACCAACACUGACAUGAACUACGAGGGCCUCACCGUGCAGGAUUUUAGGAGGAAAUUGUCCAUGCUGGUCGAGAGUCUGAAUGUGUUUCUUUCCAGCCUGACUCACGCCGAACUCACCCGCGCCCGAGCUGCCAGUGAAACCGAAGAAUACAGAGUCCUGUCUGAAGUCACCCGAAACGUCCUCCAGAAAUGGGAUCAAAGCAGAGUCACGGGGGCGUCCCACGAUACGGAUCGGGCGAUCAAAUCCAUCGAGACCGUCACCUUUGUUAGUGACAAUGUAAAGGAAAACAACACAUCAUCGACACGCGGGGAUUCGACCCGGCCGAGAACGCAGGACGAGUACCCCACCCUCUGGCCAACCCACCAGAGACCCGAGUAUCACAGCGGUCCAGGUGGCCACGCUGCGGAGGCGUUGAAUUUGGACGGCAUUGAAACGGGUUUUCGCAAGCACAUGAAUGCCAUGCGGCGGAUUCGAGAACAGCUUCGCCUACAAAAGGAGAACGAGCACCACCUCACGGAGCAGAAGUCGAGCCAUUUCCCCGAAGUGCACGGUGAAGUGCCCAUCACACCAAUCACAUCCUCGCACCACCGCACCAUGCCCGAAAACCCCACGGCCGCCUUGUCAGAGCUGGCUUCGGAUCAUGGAUAUACGUCGAGCAGUGGGACCAGCUCCGCGCAGACCUCCGAGUCUGGCAGUGUGAUUUCAGGGGCGCAGGAGGAGAACAGGCCGAGAAGUCCCGCAGGAGUUGGAGGGGGACCACCGCCACCGACGACGGCCAACCACACGCGCUCGUCGUCUGGCGAACUCGGGCGGAAGAGGGUGCGGACGCAGGACCUCCAUCUCGCCAACGACAGCGACGAUUGGCAAAGACAUCGGCGGCCGCGGAAAACGGCGCUGGAGGAAAUGCUCACGGCGGCCUUGUUCUUUGACAGUUGA